UAUCUAUAUAUAUAUAUAUUUCGAUAAUACAACGGGAGAUAGAUUUAAGAUCUUCAUCGGUGCCCAGAUUCGUCGUCGCCGGUGGUUCUGCACAAAUCGAAACCCCCAAUUUGAAACCCUAACCCUCCAAUCCAUUCGGGCAAUCAAAGAUCCAAACACAGAAAGGGAGUUGUCUGCUCUCUUGUUGUUGACAAAUACAAGAUGUAUCAUCCUACCAGAGGUGGAGUUCGCGGUGGUCGAGACCAGUUUAGUUGGGAUGAUGUUAAGGUCGACAAGCACCGUGAGAAUUACCUUGGCCACAGUGUUAAGGCCCCUGUUGGUAGAUGGCAAAAAGGUAAGGAUCUAAAUUGGUACAGCAGAGACAAAAAAACAUUGAGUGCUGAAAUGGAUGCUGCAAAAGAGGAGAUUAAAAGAAUUAAAGAGGAAGAGGAUCAGGCUAUGAGGGAGGCUCUUGGCUUAGCUCCUAAGCGUGCAAACCGACCUCAAGGCAAUCAGCUUGAUAAGCACGAGUUCUCAGAAUUGGUGAAGCGUGGUUCUACUGCAGAGGACUUGGGUGAAGGCCAUGCUGAAGCAGCGCACGUACAUGGUCUUGGUUUUUCAAGAGCACCUGUCCCUUGGGAUGGUUCAACUUCUGUUCAACCUGCAGUCAAGGGGGGUGAACCUAAAAUCGAAGAUGUUCCUUUGCCUAAUCCUCCACCGAGAGAAAAAGUUGAAGAGGAGUCCGAGGAUGAAAGCAGUCGAAGGAAAAGGAGGCGUGAAGAGAGGAAGCACGAGAAACCUGAGAGACGUGAAAAACGUGAGAAGCGUGAAAAACGGCAUUCCUCAGACGACCGGAAACAUAGGAAAGACAAGGAGAAGAGAAGACACGCUUAGGACUUCAAAUAAAUGUUUAAGCAUUGAAUGGCUUUGGGAUCCGCCAGAACCUCCAAAGGGAUUUAGAUUUUUUGUUGGUGAUCAACUUCGUUUUAACUGCUCUGCAUCUGUAUUGUAUAUGAAAGUAUUCUUGUACACUUUAUAUGAAAUUCUUGUACCUUUUUUCAGUAUCAAUACGGUCAUCCGUAAGGAGUAUUAAUUUGCACGAUCCAGUCUCCUAGAACAGUUUGACUCCGAAUAAGAUGGAUGGUUGAAGAUUGCUUUC